AUGUCCGACGCAACGGAGCAGACUAGCGAACAACAACAACAACAACAACAACAGUGGACACCCACCAAGCAAGCGCCCCAAAAUGGUGUCCGCACUACCGGUCGAGCCUUCAACUCGCCAAACUGGCGGAUGAAGACUGAAAACAGCCCUAGCAGCGGCAGCCCUCGAUUUACAACCCAGUCCACCAAUAACUCCUCUCGCUCGCCCUUCAAUAGCAACAACAACAAGUCAUGGCAGCCAGUCUCCCAGGCAAUCACCGAAGGCCGACGGCUCGAACGCAUUGACAUCUCGGUCGAUCCCUUUACAGGUCGCAACCCGUCGUACUGCUUUGUCGAACUGGCCACAAAGGAGCAAGCAGACCGCGCCAUGGUAGAAUUGGAUGGCAAUGACUUCCAGGGACGCCCCGUUAGAAUAAAGCCUGGUGUUGCAAAGUCGUCGUCGUCUUCGUCUCAAGACCGUUCAACAUUGCGCUCUUCUCAAAACUCACCCUCUCGCUUCAAUGGUUCUCCCUCCGCCACCAAUGACCGUUGGCAACGAAGUGACGCCCCUUCUCCUCAGGCGAAAGCAUCCAGCAAUGAGAACAGUCGCCGUCUAUAUGUUGGAGGCCUCCCCAAGAUCGUGGAUCAGGAAGCCAUCGAUUCGGAUAUUCAAGCCUUCUUCAAGGGAUAUAAUGUCGAGGCCAUCACAAAGCUAAUUUCUCCCCAUCCGUCCAAACGCUUCGAGCCCGGUAACCACUAUUACCUAUUUGUCGAUUUCGCCAGCGUCGAAGAGGCAGCAGCAGCACAGGUCGCACUCGAUGGACAAGAAGGGCCCUGGGGAGGAAAAGUACGGCUUGGAAGAGCCCGCGGCGAGUCGUGGAAGCCUGAAGAGAGACAGAGGUGGGCUGCAUCCCGGAAAGAAGAAGUCUCUUCUGAGCCUGCUGCAGCCAUCUCUGCGGCUUAA